GACUAAUGAGAAUUCUUAUUACCUAAUGGUUUAUUAUGAGUUAGGAACUGAGCUAAUCAUAAGUAUAAGUGAUCAGCAAGCACACCCUCUGAUAAGAAGUUCUAUUUUAGCAAGAGUAAUUAUUCCUUAUUAUAAGGGAAUUGCAGAAGAAAGAUCUAUCCAAAAACCUAGUGCCAAAAAUCUUGUCUUUUCAAUGUGGAGAGUGAAAAUGAUUCUUAAGAUGAUUAGAGAUCAUUGGUUUAAAGUCAUCAAAAAACUUCUUGAAUCAAAAGAAGCAUUACCUGAACAUAAAAUCAACUUAAUAAAUAAAAAGGCAAAUAUGUGA